UAUAUAUAUAUAUAUAUAUAUAUAUAUAUAGCCUGUCCUCAUCCGCACUACCUUUGCCUACAUCAGCCCAUAUACAGAACAUCGUUCCUCCAACCUCUAUCUUGCAACCGUAAAUCCUUGCAUUCUCUCGGGGUCCCAGCAAUAUCAGUCUUUUCCAUACCUUUCGCCAUAUUCUCUACGGCCGAUAGCCUCAAGAAUUUCCUGGUCGUCCUAUUAAUGGCUACCUACACCUUGUCCGGUGCAUCGUCUCCGGCUCGAUCGCUAUCCUCUUUGUCCAUUUCCAGUGACGGAGACGUCGGCACACCAGAUACUCAACGGUCUGUGAUUUUUGAUGAAGACGACGCGAUCACUGACCCUCUCGAUGUCGAGACUGAUAACCGGAAUUAUAUUUUGGUCGUUGGAGGACUUGGAUACAUAGGAUCCCAUACCACCCUCGAGCUUCUCAAGGCCAACUAUAACGUCAUCGUAGUCGACGACUUGAGCAACUCAUAUCGCGAUGUACUGGACCGGGUUUCACAUUUGGCUUCUGUCCACUUCAAGGCCUGCGGGUUACCAAUGCCAGCACUCAGAUUUCACAAUUCCGACUACCGCGCUCCGACAAUGCGUGCUCUUCUCUCGAGUUAUGGAUCGUAUAUGGUAGCCGAUAACUCUAGCGGAGAGCAGACAUUGAAGCAGGUGUCAAGAAUCACUGGCGUUAUCCACUUCGCAGCUUUCAAAUCCGUCGAGGAGAGUAUCCAGAAGCCCCUGGCGUAUUACAUGAACAAUGUGUGCGGCAUGGUUGACUUCCUUGCUCUUCUACAGGAGUUCGGUAUCCAAAACUUCGUCUUUUCCUCUUCAGCAACUGUGUACGGCGAGGCCGCAAAUAGGGGAGUACCGCUAAAGGAAGAGCACAUGGUCUUGCAUACCGAAACCUAUCUCAACGACUCCGGUUUCGAACAGACUCAAAGCCCCGGGUCCAUGGGGUUGACUUCGCCUUACGGACGGUCCAAGUAUAUGUGCGAAGCAAUCCUGGCAGAUAUUGCCAAAGCUGAUCCUUCGUGGAAAAUCACAGCUCUGCGAUAUUUCAACCCUGUUGGGUGUCACAGCUCCGGGCUUCUGGGCGAAGACCCACGACAAAAGCCAACCAAUUUGAUUCCAGUCGUAGCAACUGUUCUUACUGGUCAGAGACCCGUUCUGAGCGUCUUUGGAACUGACUGGGAGACCUCAGACGGUACUGCUGUUCGGGACUUCAUCCACGUGCAAGACCUCGCACGAGGGCACAUCGCCGCAUUGGCCGCUUCUGCGAAUGGUGUAGUGAAAGAACCAUACAGAGCCUACAACCUGGGAACAGGACAUGGCCACAGCGUCCGAGAGGUUGUUGCUAGCCUUGAGAACGCAUCCAGUCGACAUAUUCCCGUGCAAGAAGUUGGCCGCCGGGCGGGUGACGUUGGCUCAUGUGUUGCUCGAGUUGACAGAGCUGAGCGUGAGCUCAGCUGGAAGGCCGAAAAGACUCUUGCGGACUGUGCGGUCGAUGUCUGGAACUUCACAAAGGGUCGUUUUGGCUUUUCUGGCGAGCUAUUAUAG